AUGACGACCGCAUCCCCGCCUCCAGACGGGGGUUUCCAUGCUUGGGCGCAGGUGGUGUCGGGUCAUCUGGUUGUAGCUCUCACAUGGGGUUACGCUUCCAGCUUUGGAGUAUUCCAAAAUUACUAUGAGAAAACCCUACCUCAAUCAGCCUCUGACAUUUCUUGGAUAGGCGGAUUCCAGGUAUUUUGCCUAUUGUUUAUCUCGGUGCUAUCCGGCCGUGCGACGAAUGCUGGGCUUGCGCGACUGGUGGUAGGCGCAGGAGCGGUCCUUUUAUUACUCGGCACUUUCAUGACAAGUCUGGCCACGGUGUAUUGGCAGAUUUUUCUGGCGCAAGGUCUCUGUGUUGGGAUUGGACAGGGCCUUAUGUGGUUGCCCAGUGUGGCUUUGAUUUCGACGUAUUUUGUGCGGCUGAGGGUUUUUGCUCUCACAGCUGCAGCGACAGGGACGAGUACAGGAGGAAUCAUCUUUCCAGCAAUGAUUCAGUAUCUCACUCCCCGAAUUGGCUUUCCGUGGGCAGUUCGUUGUAUGGGAUUUGUGGCUCUGGUUAUGGUCGUCUGUAUCCUUGCGCUGCUACGUCCUAGAUUGCCAUCUCGAAAGUCGGGCCCAUUCAAAGUUUAUGCGACAAAGGAAUUGCACUUAUCUCAGAUAGAUGGCGUAAAACUGAUCAUCGUUAUCAAUGCGUGCGGUAUUCCAAUUCGUGCACCUUGCGGCUAUCUGGCUGAUCGAUACCUCGGCCCAUCGAAUUGUUUGAUUCCAUGGGUGGCGCUAUGCGGUAUCUUGAUGCUCUGCUGGAUCGCUGUUCAUACGGUCGUCGAACUAUAUAUUUUCGCCGUUUUCUACGGUCUGGCAUCAGCAGCCGCUAUGGCUUUGUUUGCUGGUACUGUCCCCUCUUUAACCAAAGAUUUGGACAAAAUCGGAACCCGUGUUGGAAUGGCGCUGACACUGAUGAGUUUUGGGCCUUUGACUGGACCAUCUGUCGCUGGCGUAUUGAUAUCUCGUACCAAUAGUUAUCUUGCGGCACAGAUUUGGGCAGGAGUAGCGUUGACUAUAGGCGUUCUAGCCCUAGGCAUGGCACGCAUCAUCAUAACAGGACCCAUUAUCCGGGCAAAAGUAUAA